UAAAGAUUAGGAUUGGAAAUUGGUUUUUGUUUGCCAAUGAAUAGCCUGGUUUUGAAACGAACCCUUGAGUCCAUGAUCCGCAUCAGUCACUUUGUCCGGCUAAGGCUGCGACUCAUACCCAUAGUGGAGAGGCUGGAAUCACAGCUUAUCUGGGUUGGCUCCCAUAGCGAUCGGCUCAGUUUAAACUGGUCCUUUAGCGAGCGAAGAUCAUCGUCCAUUCGAUUCCAGCAGAAUAUUCAAUACAAAAUGACUAAGAUCGCUAUCCUUGCCUUGUGCCUAGCUGCCGUGCUAGUUGCAGUGGAGUGUUCUUCCACUGGCGAUUGCCCAGCUGCUUCGAAGGUGUCGUCCUGUUCCCCCAAGUGCCUGACCGACCGCGAUUGCUCAUCGACUGGUGGUAAGUGCUGCUCUAAUGGCUGCAAUCUGAAGUCGUGCGUCGAACGUACGAAACUGGUACAGGGUGGCGAUAAGUAUUCUUCCGGUUCGGGCUCGUACUGCGGUAGCACCAAGUGUAGUUCGUUCGAGAAAUGUGGCGUUGAUCCGUCCACCAAGCGUCCGAAGUGUGUUCGUGCCUAGAUGCUGAUGAUUUCCGAUAAUCUUACAAUCCUUCCCAAUAAACGAAAAUAUUAUCAUCGCUUUUUAUGUUCAACA